ACACACAGUACAACAGCACACAGUUAACCCUUUGAUCGCCCCAGAUGUUAACCUCUUCCUGCCCAGUGCCAUUAGUACAGUGUCCCGAUCAUGUGAUCACUGAUUGGCCAAUCAGUGAUCACAUGCAGAGUAGUAAGCAAGAUGUCACUUCUGACAUCAUUGCUUACUACAUGUGAAAUCUGUGAAUGACCACAGAGGUCACAUGGUACAAGGCUAUUCACAACACCCUUGUACCAUGUGACAAGCUGUGACCAAUCACAGCUCACACAGUA